GCAUAAGGACUCUGUAUGUUUGGGGGUGAGGAAAGUCCCCACUACAGAACACAAAGUAUUAUUUUCAAAUGUUUCCUGAAGGAUUAUUUUAUUUAUUUAAAAUCGGCACUCUUUUGUUUUAAGCAUUUAAUCUAUCACUUUGCUUACUGCACAGGAAUUUUGCAGCCAGGCAUAUGAACUUUGGUUUUAAGCCAUGUUAAAAUUGUAACAGGAGGGUCAGGCAUUUCAUACUUGACUUCAAAAAAAAAAAACAAACACCCCAACACCCUUAAAAAGAGGUGUGUCAAUGAGCACAGAGGAGAUCACCCUGGAAUUUCUUCAGAGGUCAGAGAUGGGGCCAGUGAGCAACUUGGUGCUUUAGAGCAACCAUGCUGGGAAGAGAUGUCUCUCAUCUGGCUGCUACAGGCACACCUCAGGGAUUAUGCACAUGAGUUUGGUUCUGACGAUGACUGAAGUCAAGAAAGUCAUUCCUUUUUAAAGACAUUGAAAAUAACCUUCAAGACAAUGUUUCGCUUACUCACAGCUCUUUUGGUUUUCAAAGCCACUUUUGUCAGUGUCUCAGCUCAGCAGCACUGGAAUUUCCCCAGGGGAUCUCAAAGGCAGUAUGAAAAUUCCACUUGUACAGAUCCUACACCAUUCCUACUUUUCAACCAAGGAAGUACAGUCUUUAGAAUAGAUACAGAGGGAACCAAUCACAAGAGAGUGGUGACCCAUGCUGGUUUAUCAGCACUGAUAGAUUUCCAUUAUGAAGACGGAUACGUCUAUUGGAUAGACACUCAAGAAGGUCUUCUCCAACGAGUACGCCUGAAUGGCUCAAAUCAGGAGACAGUUUGCUAUACAGGAAAAGAUAUCUCUGGGUUUGCUGUAGAUUGGAUAAACCGAGGGAUUUAUUUGGCUCACUAUGAGAAGACAACCAUUGAGGCUAUCAGCUUGGAUGGAAACCAUUCCAGAAUCCUUUUCAAAGAUGAAUAUCAUCCCACAAGCAUUGCAGUUGACCCAGGCAAAAGUUUUUUAUUUUGGUCUUCCAUUGGUGAUGUUGGUUGCAUCUACAGAGCAGUCUUGAAUGGAAAAGAGGUAUGGAAUAUUUUGAGGAGCAUGGGAAAAAUCAAAGCUAUUGCACUGGAUUUUAUUGACGAGAGGAUCUUCUGGAUUCAGUAUGCUGAUGAUGACACUUCCAACAUUGGAACAUGUGACUAUGAUGGUGGUUCUGUCCAGUUACUCAAACAGGCUGUGCGAAAACAGCUCUAUGACAUAUAUAUCUUUGUGGACAAUAUGUACUACUCAGAAUCAAAUGGUACUAUCUGGAGAGCCAGUAAAUACACAGGAAAAGGUAUAGUUGCAAUUAACCUGCAACCAUCUUUCCCCUCACCUUCUGAGAUACUGGUAGUGCAUCCAUUAAAACAGCCCAACUUUAGAACAGACCCUAAAGCAUUUGAAGUAAGACCUUGUAGUGCAAACAGAAGAAACUGCAAGCACGGCUCCCGAUCCAAUCAGUGCAAAUGUAGCAGAGGAUUUACUUUAAGUAAAAACAGGCAACAUUGUGAAGAUGUCAAUGAAUGUGCAUUGUGGAACCACGGAUGUACUUUGGGCUGUGUCAACAUCCCAGGCUCUUACUAUUGUACAUGCCCAAGAAAUUUUGUUCUACUGCCUGACAAGAAAACUUGCCAUGAACUCAUUUCCUGUUCAAGCAAUUAUCUUCACUGCAGUUAUGGCUGUGCUGAGACACCUAAUGGACCUGUUUGCACUUGUCCAGAAGGAUCACUUCUCCAACAAAAUGGAAAAACAUGCACAGGUUGUACAUCUCCGGAUAAUGGUGGUUGUAGCCAGAUAUGUACCUCUCUGAGUUCAUUGUCUUGGGAAUGUGGUUGCUUUCCUGGCUAUGUUCUCCAAGAAGACAAAAAGCAGUGUACUGUGACAGGGCCCAAACCAUUUCUGUUGUUUGCAAACAGCCAAGACAUUCGGCGCAUUGAUUUUGAUGGAACUGAUUACUUACGUUUACUCAGCUGGCAGAUGGGAGCAGUCUUAGCUCUCGACUAUGACCCUGUUGAAAAUAAGAUUUAUUUUGCCCGCACAACACUGAAGCAGAUAGAAAGAACUAAUCUUGAUGGCUCAGACUGUGAAAAAGUUAUCCAUGAUGCAAUGGAGAGAUCCGAAGGGCUUGCCGUGGACUGGAUUAACCGUAAAUUGUAUUGGACUGACAAGGGAACAUCCCACAUUGAAAUGAGUGAUCUAAAUGGAAUGCAGAGGAAAAUAAUCAUCCAAAAAGGGGUGUCUCAGCCUCAAGGGAUUGCUGUUCAUCCAUUUGCUGAGAGACUCUUUUGGACAGAAAUAGGAUUCCGUCCUCAGAUUGAAAGUUCUUCCUUGCAUGGCAGUGGUCGUCUCAUUAUAGCCGAUUCAGGCUUAGUUUGGCCUAGUGGAAUAACAGUUGACUACCUAGCUGACCAGUUGUACUGGUGUGAUGCAAAACUGUCUGUUAUUGAAACUGCAAACCUGGAUGGAUCGAACCGCCGAAUACUCGCACAGAAUGAUGUAGGACAUCCAUUUGAUAUAACAGUAUUUGAGGAUGACAUUUGGUUUUCUGACUGGGCCAAGCAUUCAUUAAUGAGAAUGGACAAGAAGACUGGACAAAACAGGGUACAUAUUGGAGGCAGCAUGCUGAGACCCUCCUCACUGGUGGUCAUCCAUCCCGUAGCAAAACCAGGUCACAUGUUUAUCCCCGAGGAGAGACUGUCAGUGAACAAUACAUUAGCACUGGAAGUUUCAUACCAGCAUCGCUUAAGAAGCAAUGUGUAUGGAGACAGAAAUGAAAAAGAUCUACAGAUGUUGACUGCAGAAAUUGUGGUGUAUAGCCAGGGAGACUGCGCAGAGUUGCACUGUGAUGUCAAUGCUGAGUGCAUUUCAGAUGAAAAUGGCCCCACUUGUCUGUGUCGGACAGGGUUCACCAAGGAAGGCACAUUGUGCUAUGAUGUUGAUGAGUGUGCUUUUAACCUGGACCAUUGUGAUCGAAGUGUGUCAAGAUGCGUCAAUACUGAAGGCAGCUACAUUUGCCAGUGUCUUGGGUAUCCUGAAAAUGGACUUCAUUGUUCUGAACCUGUUAUACAACCUACUGUAGCAACCAAUGAGGAGUCCACUUUGUCUGCACAAGAGGAUACUGUUGACUGCCCACCAUCAUACUGUCUCCAUGAGGGAAUUUGUGUUUAUUUUUCCAUUCUGAAAGUCCAUGCAUGCAACUGUGCAAAGGGCUAUUUGGGAGAGCGCUGUCAGUUCAGCAACUUGGAGUGGUGGGAACAGCAAUAUGUGAAGCAGACCAAGAAGCGGAAUCUCACAACUGCUGUUGCCUUGGCUCUGUCACUCCUUGUCCUCCUCCUUGGAGCUGGAUCUGUCUACUGCUACAGUAGACAGCAGAGGUUCUGCAAGAAGGAUCCCUGUGCAGAAGUAAUGAAAGAUGCCAGAGGCGGCAGUGGCGCUGACAGGGAGAACAUGAAGCCUGCAAGCAACGACCCAUUGUUAAUAGUUGUAGUGGAAUGUGAUGACCACAUCAAAGAGAGACCUGUUGAACUGAAAGACCACGAGACAGAAGAUCUUGGCUAUUUCUGCCUCUCAGAACCAUCCUGAGCUACAGAAACCUGGACUCACCACUGCCUGCAAAAGAAACAGUCGGACAGACCUCUCGGUGUCAGGCUCAGAUAACUGGAAGAUCCAGUCUUGUAAAUCAGAGGGUGACUUUCAGUGGCUUCAAUGGCAUGCCUGCCCUAAGCCCUUUUUGGAGAGCAGCUUUCUUGAUCUCCAAUCUCAUGCAGUCAGCAAAUGCAGGCAGUUUAAAGAGCCUUUCCUCUAAACUGGACACUGGGAGGGCUCAUUAAGUAGGGGAAAUGUGUAAUCUCUGGAAACGGCAUUUAAAAGAACAUGGAAGGAGGCACCCAGACAAAUGCUAUCCUGCCCACUCACACUGUACAUACCGGAAGCACUGGGAAUACUCUCGAUAUGAUCUCUCUGUGUUAAUACAUUCUUGAUACUACUUCAAAGGCCAGCUGUACUAAUUUCAGCCAGCAGGUAAAUGGACACCAGAGAACACUAGAGGUUAUGAUUCAAUUGAAUUAUCAUCUGAAUUAUGUUUAAUGGGGUGCUUUAAUUAAGGGGUCUCCAAUUUCUAAUCUGAAAUAAUCCAAAUAAAACAGCGUACCAUCCCAGAAUCUGAUGGGAUCAGGGAAAUCAAUCUGGACCCAUCAAGAAAUGAACACUAGAGCUUCUUCAGUGGCAGUUCAGUGUGCAUUCAUGUAGUCCCUUUUUGUUGUUGCAAGGUUGGCUUCUGAAAUAG